UACACCAAUUUUCGACCCAAAAUCAAAUAUCCACGAAACAGACAAACAUGAUAGGGCAAUGGAGGAAACAUUUGAGACCUCCAAGCCACUAAUUUUCCUAUGCCACCACAAAACAAACAGCUUCUGUAUCUGCCAUAAAUCUCACCGCAGUGUGUGUGUAAUCUAUUUGGCAAGCCCAUUUUCUCAGCCAUUUGUGGUUAUAAAUCACUAGUAAAAACUAGUAACAAAGUUGUAUUGAGGUACAGAAACUAGUAACAAGGACAGAGACAAAGAAGAGAACAUCAGCAGGAUUGGUGCAAGCUCUUUGAAUAGCUCAGCUUAUCACCAUUCCAGUAACACCCAUCUCCACCAUUCAUAUCUUAAGGCCCUCCUCCACCUCACAUCUCAUAUCCUCAACUCUCACUUGCUCGCCACCACCCUUAAGAACUUAAAUAUAACCAAUCUCCCACAACUCUCACCCUACCCAAAGGAAAAAAAAAAACUUUCUGAGUUCUUAAAGAGAGAGGAGAGAUCAGGGCCAGGGGCUUUUGCUGAAAGCUGUUGGAAAUGGCUUCUGCCUCUCUCCUUAAGUCAUCUUUCCUCCCCAAGAGGUCCGAAUGGGUCGCGGCACGUCCGUCGGCCGCCCAGCCCAUGGCGGUCUCCUUCACCGUCCGUGCCGGUUCGUACUCCGAUGAGCUCGUCAAGACCGCGAAAAGCGUGGCGUCGCCGGGGAGAGGCAUAUUGGCCAUGGACGAAUCCAACGCCACCUGCGGAAAGAGACUGGCAUCGAUCGGCCUGGAGAACACCGAGGCCAACCGCCAGGCUUACAGGACCCUGCUGGUCGCCGCACCCGGAUUGGGUCAGUACAUCUCUGGUGCUAUCCUCUUUGAGGAGACACUCUACCAGUCAACCACAGAUGGGAAGAAGAUAGUUGAUGUCCUUGUUGAGCAGAACAUCAUGCCAGGGAUCAAGGUUGACAAGGGUCUUGUACCACUUGUUGGCUCAAACAACGAAUCCUGGUGCCAAGGAUUGGAUGGCUUGGCGUCAAGGUGCGCGGCGUACUACCAACAAGGCGCCCGCUUCGCCAAAUGGCGUACAGUUGUCAGCAUUCCAAAUGGCCCGUCAGCGCUAGCAGUGAAGGAAGCGGCUUGGGGACUCGCGCGAUAUGCCGCCAUUGCCCAAGAUAAUGGAUUGGUUCCUAUAGUCGAGCCCGAAAUCCUCCUUGACGGAGAGCAUGGGAUUGAGAGGACAUUCGAGGUAUCUCAGAACGUGUGGGCUGAGGUGUUCUUCUACUUGGCCGAGAACAAUGUCAUGUUCGAAGGCAUCCUCCUUAAGCCUAGCAUGGUCACCCCUGGCGCCGAGUGCAAAGAGAAAGCCACCCCAGAACAAGUUGCUGAGUACACCCUCAAGCUCCUCCACAGAAGAAUCCCUCCUGCUGUUCCAGGCAUUAUGUUCCUUUCUGGUGGACAAUCUGAGGUUGAGGCCACCCAGAACUUGAAUGCCAUGAACCAGAGCCCCAACCCGUGGCACGUGUCAUUCUCGUACGCGAGGGCACUGCAGAACACUUGCCUCAAGACAUGGGGAGGGAGACAGGAGAACGUCAAGGCCGCGCAGGACGCUCUCCUUACCCGAGCCAAGGCUAACUCGCUGGCUCAGCUCGGGAAAUACACCGGAGAGGGUGAGUCUGCGGAGGCCAAGGAGGGGAUGUUUGUGAAGGGCUACAGCUAUUAAUGGACCUGAUCAAUAGUGCUUUUAAAGUAAUUGCAUAAUUUGUGUUAUAAAAGUUGAGAAUACUGCAUGCUACCUUUUUCUCAAAAAAAAAAAAGAAAAAAAAAGUUGAGAAUACUGAAUUAUGUUAGAUGGUUAAUGUAUUACAUGAUUUUGAGAUGGCAUGUUGGACAUCAGUGCGUUGUUGAUUUUUACGUUAAGAUUAGAGUAUCUUCACUUAGUAGCAUAGCUGUAAUAGUUGUGUAUUUAAAUCUAGAAGGGCUUAAAUAUAAUGGUUUCUUCAUUGGAUGCUACAAA